AUGGAAGAAUCUUCUGCUUCUGCUCCUAAUUCAAACCAAUUACAGGAGAAGCAGCCAGUCCAAGAAAUCCCAACCAUCAAUUUCAUCCCUGAUGAAGUCCUUGAAGACAUCCUCACGAGGCUUCCAGUCAAGUCCGUCCUGAGGUUCAGUGCUGCAUUGAGUUCAGCCAUCACUGCCACUGCCGAGGCAACUCCAACCAAUAUCGAUCAUCCCAUGAGAUUCGAUCGCGGUAGUAUGCCUUAUAUUGUGGGCUCUUGUAAUGGUUUGGUGUGUCUUAAAAUUCCUAGAAAGCAACUUUGUUAUGGUUUUGGAUAUGAUGAGUCUAAUGAUGAUUACAAAAUAGUUGCCAUUUCCCUUGUGAAAGUUUCUGAUGCUAUGGGUGAAAAAAUCCGGGUUGAGGUUUAUAGUCUCAAAACUGAUUCGUGGAGGAGGAUUGAGCUCUAUUGGGUCUGGAAUCGCAUUCCUAGCUGUCAUGAUGGGCGGAAAAUUCUUACUUUUGAUUUGUCGAGUGAGACAUUUGGAGAGAUGGAAAAGCCAGCACACAGAGUGGCUUCUGCAGAGUGGACUUUACAAGUUUUAGGGGGGCACCUAUGUUCGUCUUGUUAUCAUGGAGGCAGUUGCAAGGAUGUUUGGAGGAUGGAGAAGUAUGGUGUUAAAGAGUCUUGGACUAAAGUGCUGUCGAUUCCUAAUCUGAGUGGCCCUAAUGGUGGGAUUUCCGGGCAAGCUAUUUUUCUAUCAAAGGAAGGAGAAAUUGUGUGUAAAUUUCGGGAAGUUUUAGCCCUUUACGAUCCAAAACAUAAUACUCACAUGCAUCUGCGAAUUACUAAUUUGGGAGCUCUUUCACAAGUAAAUGUGUAUGUUGAGAGCUUGGUUUUGCCUAAUGCUGUUGAAGGGUCAGCGUUUAGAUCUUUAUGGUCUGAUUUCCUGAUUUAUGAUUUAAGAUCCUAUCUGCACAUGUUGGUUCAAAUGCUAGAAUUACUCUUCCCAUACAUCUCAUUGGCAUCCUCAAAUGCUGAGUGGAAGCAGGUUCAUUUAAGGCAAAGGCACAAGGGCUCAGAGCGGAUGCUUCUCAGGCUACCGCUCCAUUCACUUCCCAUUUCAGGCAAAAACUCGGUGUUCUGUUUUUGCACAAGACUGCAAAAUUCCUUGUUUGUAGCAGCUACUGAAAAUGUUUGUUCUGUUUAA